GUCGCAAACCACGAACAGCAGCAAACGACGACAACGAGACGAGCGACGGGGCCAGCGAGCGACGAAGCAACGCCGACACAGCAGCACCAGCAGCACCAGCACCACUAGCACCAGCGGUACAUUCACACAACUCCAGCAGCAGCAACAGCAACAGCGCCGGUACACCCACCGACAAUGACGACUGUGGCCCACGAUCCGUCAGCGCAGGAGACGCUGCGAGCAACAUCUGCUGGUGAAGACAGGAGCGAGGAUGUGGAGGGCGUGACCAAGAGACUGGACCAGACUGUGGUGCUGUCCAGUCCAAACCAGAAGGUGGAGAGCAGCGCGCACGCUGAUGAUGAUGCUGGCGAUGAGGGUUGCGUUGCGGCGCUGAGACGCAAGCGCAGCUCUGUUGCCAGCGACGACUUGCCAGCGCCGUUUCUCCGUGUCCGCAGCAUCGAGGAGGUGGCGGCGAAGAAGAAAGUCCUCUUGCACGACGUCGACGCUGGCGCCCCGUGCCUGUCGUGUUCCGAUUGUCCAGGCUUUCAGUUGCACGUGUGGCGAAAGAUCUGCACGCACUGCCGGUGUCCGUGGGAGAACCACGACAUCUUUCAUGAGGACGACAACGAAAAGGAGACGACUGUCAUCUACAAUGAGCAAGGGCAGUCCACGCGCCAACAGGCACUCCAGUCCCUCAAGACACACCUGAAGCAGCUGAGCCACACGCAGAAUCCGGUGCAGGACAAGGAAGCGCAUAUGUGCACGAGCAUCUGCGAUGAUGAGACGCUCUUCAAGUUUUCGCGCCUGAAUUCCCGACGCAUGCGCGAUCAGCGCGACUCCAACGUCUUCCCCGCGCACACUCACACCCUGACUGGGCCGUGCGCGUGCUGCCAUCAGGAUAUCAAACCUUCAGACACGGCGACGGUUGCGCAAGUGAAAACAGGCGAGGAGCAAUUUCACUUCAACUGUUUCGUGUGCAAGCAGUGUCGCGAGCCCAUUGUAGGCCCAGGGUUCUAUGCCUAUCGAUUGCGUCAUCGCCAGGGCGUGGAUGACGAGCUGCAGUUGUGUGCGCGCUGCCAUGCAGAAAAGUAUCUCCCCCGCUGCGCAGGCUGCGACGAGUUGAUCUUUGAUCCAUACUUUACGCAAGCGGAGCACAGAAAUUGGCACCAGGAGCACUUCUGCUGCCACCUCUGCGACGUUCACCUUGGCGGCAGUCAGUAUACGAAAACGGACAGCGGUGAGCCCGUGUGUAUUGCGUGCUACAACACCAAGCUUGCUCCCAUGUGCCACGCCUGCAGCAAACCCAUCCACACUGACCAGAUGCUGCUCGAGAUUGGCGAUCGAAGUUUCCACGGCGAUCCUGCAUGCUUCCACUGUGUAACUUGUGGAGAUCAUCUGUACUCAGAGGAAAAGGGUGGAAAUGGCGUUUUGCUCAACGAUCGCCUCUACUGCAGAAAACACGCGGCAGAGGCAACAGAGGCGCUGACGGUUCGCUGUUUCGUCUGCAGCCAGGAAAUCACAGAGAACCACAUCAAGCGUACCGCCUGGAUCAUCUGCAGCAUUUGGUACGCGGUCAUGAGCCGCGGGCGCGAGUGGAACCCAAGCGGAUCAGCGAGACUGCGCUCCAGGGCCUGA